AUGGUUAGGAGCACUCGCAUCGUGAAGGUCCAGCAACUGUUGAAAGACAUCUUUAAUGGAAAAGAACCAAACAAGGGGGUCAAUCCCAAUGAGGCAGUAGCUUACGGCGCUGCAGCUCAACCUGGAAUCCUUAGUGCAGAUAGCGGGGAAGAGACAAAAGGACUGACAUGUUCCUGUACCCAGAUUCUCCUACUGGAUAUAGCACCUCUAAGUUUGGGGAUAGAGACAGUUGGUGGUGUCAUGACCAAAUUGAUACCUAGGAUAGGAACAUUGUCAUUUCCAACAAAUAAGUCCCAAGUCUUCACAACUUAUAAAGAUCAGCAAACAACUGUGUUGAUUAAGGUUUAUAAGAGUGAGAGGAGUUUAACAAAGGAUUGUCGUGAAUUCUGCUAUAGCACCAUCUCCUAGCAAUUUUCUUGAUGCAUGUUUUCAGUGCCUCAGAUCGAGGUUAACUUUGAGGUGGAUGCCAAUGGAAUAUUGAGUGUGAAAGCAGAAGAAUACGCUGCAAAGAGGGCAGAGUCAAUCACCAUCACCAAUGACAAAGGCAAGGAGGGGAUUGAAACGAUGGUGAAGGAAGCAGAGGAAUUUGCAGAAGAGAAUAGGAAAGUAAAGGAACGGGUUGAUGCCAGGAACAGCCUGGAAACCUACAUAUACAAUAUGAAGACUACAAUCAAUGACAAGGACGGGCUUGAGGACAAAAUAGAGUCACAUGAUAAGGAGACGAUGGAUACCGUUAAGGAAGCCCUGGAAUGGUUAGAUGACAAUCAUGGUGGAGAAAAGGAAGAUCUUGAGAACAAGCUUAUCGAGUCCGUGUGCAAUCAAAUGAUUAGGCAAGUAUACGAUAAGAGCGGAGGCAGUUCGGGAUCCUCCAGUAAUGGAGAUGACAGCAACAUAGAUGUUGAAUUAUAGGCAAAAAACAAAAUACUGCAGGAGUUCUGGUCAAUUUUUUACAUUCCAACAGAAAUUUUCCUUUCCGAUAAACAUUUAGAUUAAGUUUUUU